UUUACAGAAAGACAGAAAUAAGGGACGUGGGGACACAGACCACUUGAAAAUAUUGUCAGGAAGUUAUUUCUCUUCCCACAAAAUUAAUGGAUAUGAAGAAGAGCCCCAUGACCCGAGUUCUCCUGAUGUCCAUUGGAGCAGCAGUAUUAGGUUCUCUCCAGAUUGGAUACCACACCGGUAAUGUCAAUGCCCCAGCCAAGAUAAUUCAGGAAUUUUUCAAUGUGACCUGGACGUCUCGCCAUAAGAAGUUUCUGCAAGACGGCAGCCUGACGAUGCUCUGGUCGCUUGCGGUCAGCAUUAAGGAUUUGGGAGCUUUGCUGGGCUCACUGGGAGUUAAAGGGUUGGCAGAUACCUUUGGCAGGCGUGACUCCAUCCUGAUAGCCAAUUCGCUGUCUGUGCUGGGUGCCUGCCUCAUGAUCAUAUCCAGGGCCACUGAAUCCUUGGAGGCGCUCAUCGCAGGCCGCUUAGUUUUCGGCCUGUUCUGCGGCCUGGCUAUGAGCCUCAACCCCCUCUACAUUCAGGAGGUGUCCCCCACCGAACUGCGUGGGGCCUUUGCAACACUCAACCAGGUUUCCUUUGCCUCUGGCAUUUUUCUGGGAAUGGUGGUGGGCUUGGAUACAGUGCUGGGCACAGAAAAGUACUGGGCCUUGAUGUUUUCACUGUCCCUCAUCCCUGCACUCCUGCAGUUUCUAACCCUACCUUUCUGUCCUGAAAGCCCUCGCUACCUCCUUAUUAACUGUGGAAAGGAGGAACAAGCGGAGGCAGCCCUUUGCCGACUGAGAAGAAGUACAUACAAAGUACAGAAUGAAUUAAUGGAAAUGAAAGAGGAGGCCUCUCACGCCCAGUCAAGAGUCACAAUAGGAGAGUUCUUCAUUAAGCAUAGUUACAAACAGCCGAUCUUCAUUGUUCUGAUUGUCAAUCUGGGCAGCCAGCUUUCCGGGUUCAAUGCGAUCAUAAAUUACUCCACCAAGAUCUUCUCCAGGUCUGGCUUUGAAAACCCCAAAUACCUGACACUGGGGGUGGGGGCUGUCAAUGUUACUUUCACUGUCGUUGCGUUCUUUCUAGUGGAGAGGGCGGGUCGCAGGAAACUUCUACUAAUCGGUUUCCUGUCUUUAGCAAUAUGUAACCUUUUGAUGACCAUCACAGAUACAUUACUGCACACUGCCCCAGCUCUUUGCAGUCUGCAAGUCCUUCUGGUAUUUAUCCUGAUCUCGGCCUAUGAGGUUGGGCCUGGUCCUAUCUCUUGGUUUAUUGGUGCCGAGCUGUUUGACCAGCCAGCCAGACCUAUCGCCAUGGCGUUCACCAGCAUGCUCAAUUUUGGUGGCAAGUUCCUGCUGGCUCUGCUUUUCCCACCAUUGCUGAAAGUAUGCGGUGCUUAUGUCUACCUCCUCUUCGUGACUGUGGCCCUCCUGGCUCUGAGCUACACGUUUCUGCGGCUCCCCGAGACAAAAGGGCGGACAUUUGAUGAAAUCGCUGCCGAGUUUCGAGGGACCGAAUGCAUUCCGUUACACAAUCAGUCAGGAUUCAACACAUUUACCUGAUCUGCCAAAUCUGGCUUCACUUCGUGACGUGAGUUUUACCAUGUGACUUACUGACAGCUGUAGCACAAGAUCUUUGUUGACAUUAUAUUAUAUGUAUGUUGAGUCUUAAACUUCUAAAGAUCAUUGUCUGUCUUUACAACUGUAUUCAUUUACAAAAACAACACAAAUAAAUACGACUACCUAUACUUCUAUAGAAUUGAAUAAAAUCUGUAGAAUUGUCAUAUGACCAUAAUAAAUGUAAGGCAAACAUGAAUAUUGUGGCUACAAGAACUACCAAAAAAAAUGACUGAAAUGCUGAAGAUGAAAUUCUCUCAGUUUAACACCAGAGGGCAGUGUUACAUAUAUCGCAGAAGAUGAAAUGGUUUUUCUGUGGUCUGAGCUGUCUUAUAUCUACAAAAUAUAUAAAUAGUCAUAUGUAGUCAACAUAUGCUUUUAUUUUAUAUUCUUUUUAUGUUGUAAUUUUCAUUCCU